AUGCCUGUCGGUGGACGAGUUGCUGGAAAAAUAGGAUACAUUUCAAAUUCUUCGAGCGGUUCGUAUCGAAGUUACACGGGUAUAAACGAAGAAAUAAUAUGGACGUGCAUUGGCAUGUCCAUAGCCAUAGCCGUACUCAUAACUAUGGCUCUUUGUUAUAUAGCACGUGAAAAAUGCAGGAAGAGAAAUGAAUAUUAUAUAAAUGCUUGA